GAUGACAGGCUAGAAAGAAGAAGGCAAUGGUGAUCCCUCCCAGAGCCAGCGCAGCCCAGCGGAGCGCGAGCAUCGCAAGGUGACCCUGUCUCCCUGCUGCUCUGUGCGCUCCGCUCCAAUCCGCUCUUCUCCGGCAGCGCGGCCCAGCCCCACCGGCCUCUCUUUCCCUCUCGGUCUUUCUCUUCCUCUAAACCAGAGGCCAAGGGCUGCGGGCAACUGGAGCCAGGGAAGCUGCCAGGUGGGAGCUUGCUGGAGGGUAGGAGCCCCCACCUCUUUCUUUCUGGAAAGCGCUCCGGGAUGGAGAGCAGGAAGGACAUGGUGAUGUUUCUGGAGGGAGGGCAGCUUGGCACGCUCGUUGGCAAGAGGGGAGCUAAUUUGUCAGAAGCAGUGGGGAGCCCUGGCCCCGAACCCCCAGAAAACAUGAUCCACCGGAAUUGCCUGAGCCCCCGCUCUGGCCCCUUGGCGUCCCGGGAGAGAGGCGGAGGCGGCAAGGAGGAUGAAGUGGAAAGACUGCCACGGACAGCGACGGGGGCGGGGACGGAGAGCCGCCCAGCAGGGCCGGCUGGGGUGGCCCAACCACCCUCCUCGGAGUCCCCCCCAGCCAAAGGGCAGCAGAGCAGCUCGGAUACCGAGUCGGAUUUCUAUGAAGAAAUCGAGGUGAGCUGCACCCCGGACUGCGCCGCGGGGAGCGCCGAGUACCAGCACAGGAAAGGGCCAUGCUCCGAGGCUCUGGCUGGCAGUCCCAGCAGUGGAGGGGAGCCCCCCAAGAGCGGCGGCGGGGGAGGCCCGGGAGGCGGCGGCGGCGGGGGCGGCGGUGGCUCCCAAGGCACCCUGGCCUGCAGCGCGAGCGAUCAGAUGCGCCGCUACCGCACUGCCUUCACGAGGGAGCAGAUUGCCCGGCUGGAGAAGGAAUUCUAUCGGGAGAACUACGUGUCACGGCCCCGGAGGUGUGAGCUGGCAGCCGCCUUAAACCUGCCCGAGACCACCAUCAAGGUGUGGUUCCAGAACCGCAGGAUGAAGGACAAGAGGCAACGCUUAGCCAUGACUUGGCCUCAUCCAGCUGAUCCUGCUUUUUAUACUUACAUGAUGAGCCAUGCUGCGGCCACAGGCAACCUGCCCUACCCAUUCCCCUCUCACCUGCCCCUUCCUUACUACUCACACAUGGGCCUUGGAGCCACCUCAGCCUCUGCUGCUGCCCCCUUCAGCACCCCAUUGAGACCCCUGGAUACCUUCCGGGUCCUGUCCCACCCUUACCCUAGACCUGAACUACUCUGUGCUUUUAGACAUCCUUCUCUCUAUCCAGCCCCAACAACGCAUGGACUUGGGGGAUCAGGGGGCAGUCCGUGUUCAUGCCUGGCUUGCCACACCAGCCAGUCCAACGGACUGGCACAGAGACCUUCUGGCUCAGACUUUUCCUGCUCCUCCACAACCAGGACAGACUCUUUCAUCACCUUCACGCCCUCCGUGCUGAGCAAAACCUCCUCAGUGUCCCUGGAUCAGAGGGAGGAAGUCCCCCUUACAAGAUAAAAUGUGUAUCUCAGGUUUCUUCAGAAUACUCAUUUUUAAGGCAGUCCCCCUUGCUCUAGGACCUACCCUUCCAUCACCCACCUUUAUUUAAUUCCCUUCUAUCUUCCCUUGGACAUCUGUGGAAAAAAGGAGACGGAGGACUAGAAAUAACAGCCUGAAAAGGAUUUCCAGGACCACGAAGGAAAUCUGCUAGUGAAAUGUUGGUAAAGGAAGCCAUUUGACUGGCUAUAUUGAAGGCACAGACUUCGAUCCAUCUUUGGAGAAGAUGCCAGAGCCUGGCAGGGAGGGGAUCUUCCUUGUGUGUCUUCAAGGCUACCUGAAAAGAAAAAAAAUGAUGAAACUUUAAAACUCACACAAGCACAUACAGAAAAACACUCACACAUACACACGCACGUACAAAGCAACCUUACUCUCCUGUCCUUACCUGACAAAGCUGAAACACUGGAAGGGGAUAUUGUUGUUUUUAGCAAAAGAUUGUGUGUUUAUACACAAACCAGGUAAAGAGCUCUCUUUGCCAGAUUUUCCCAAUCUAGUAAUGGAGAUUCUGGAUAGCUACACAACCCAGUAUUUCUUUUUAAAAAAUAGAGAAAGGAAAAAUUGUUUUGCUGCCAUAAAGAUCCUACCAACCUGUA